CGGACCGACGCUGACUUCUGGCUCUGCCGUUUUGCGUGACACGCCCACUAAUUCGUUGUUAAUAUUACUACUUAGCACUAUCCGUUUAUAAUAUUAUACAUUUCUGGAUCUCUUUAAAAGAUUUUUAAGAUCGUGUAAACUAUCCAGACGAUGACUUCUCAAUUGAAGAAUUUUUUAGUAACAUGAAGAAGCUGAUGCCAACAAUAAACUUUUAAGUAAAACCGUUGAUUAAACAAUAACACUCUUAAGAAAUUAAUUGUUAAGUAGUUAAUCUGGAAGGAGCCUGGAAAACCUUGUUGGGAUAAGUCUGCAGGUCGAUACGUGCCGAAACAAUAAAAGGGGCGUGGCGGUCCGUUUUACUGUAACUCGCCUAAAAAUCGUGCCGCUAGUGACAAAGUUUCCUUAAAAACGAACUGAACACUAUAUCCAGAAAUAAUGUUGGUAAAAGUGUUAUCCAUCCUACUAUUAAUUAGUAAAGCGAAAGAGAGCGAUUGCUUCAGUCUGACCAAUAUGACGGCGCCACCCGUUCAAGAUCCUCGAUCGGAAAUGAGACUGCAUUGCCAGUUUGAUAUGGGGGGCGAGGAGUUGUAUGCUGUCAAAUGGUAUAAAGAUGACCACGAAUUCUUCCGAUACACCCCAGCUGGUGAGGAAAUGGUCACAUUUAUGGUGCCCGGAGUGCAUAUCGAGGAAAAACAGUCAAGAUGUAACCAGAAUAGGUGCGAUUUGUUGCUGAUUAAGCUGAGAAAGCCGGAAAGUUCCGGGGCUUAUCGAUGCGAGGUUUCCAGCGAGGCUCCCGCUUAUCGUCUGGCAUCUGAGACCCAUAACGUUACGGUCGCAGCUCUACCUGAAGAACCACCUAUGAUCGAUGGUUUGAAAAGCACAUACACUUUGGGAGAAUCUAUGGUAGCUACGUGCACCUCUGGACUAGGAGAUCCUAAGCCACAUCUUAAGUUUUAUAUGAACAAACUGCCAGUUUCUCACGCAGUAGUAAGAGACAUCAGUCCCGAAUCACCUCUUUUCACAGACCCUCAGACCGGCCUGCAACUUAAACGUGGCAAAAUCCAGAUACGGAUGAUCCUGGAUAAGAAACCCAGCGGAGCUAACAUUAACGCUCCCACUGAACUUUCUUGCGUAUCAUCUACAGAAGGUCUUGAUGCCAACGCUGCUCCUCCAGUAGUCACUACCAGAACGUUCACUUUGGUAGAUCAGAAACAGGUGGUGAACAAUCAGAAGUUUCGUUGGACCGAUGCAAUCUCCAGAUCUGGAACACUUAGAUCUACGCAUGCGCUGAUAGUGAUCGUCAGUAGUCUCGUUUAUUAUGGCCAAUAAGUGAAGCUAACUUAGAAGUCUAUAUUAUAAUAGGAAACUGUUAUUAUUUAGAGGGGUUUAUGAAUGGUUGACUUUUUGUAUUGAGUCAACCGUCUGUAAUUCGACUUAGGUCAUACUAAUAUGUUUUUCAAAAAAAAAAAAUAUAUAUAUAUAUGAAUUAGAAAAGUGUACACACCAUAUCACCGUAUCCUAUUAGAACACGUUAGACCAAAGUUUUAUAUGAUGUGAUAUAUGUGGUUCAGUUUCUGGUUUAAUUUUUUCUUCAAGUGGUGGAGAAGACUGAUUGGUCAGGAGGUGUUCCUAGUAAGGAGUUUAAAUUUUAAUAAGUGUAUACGUCGUGGUUUUUAGUUUUAAAAUAAGUUAAUAUAUUAGGGUGAGGCAUUUUUCA